AUGACGCACCAGUCCCCAACGCUCUCCGAGGCUCAGAAGAGGGAGCUGCAUGACACUGCUCUACGCAUAGUUUCUCCAGGGAAGGGCAUCCUGGCUGCAGAUGAGUCUGUGGGCAGCAUGGCAAAGCGACUGGCCCAGGUCGGAGUGGAGAACACAGAGGAGAACCGCAGGCAGUACCGCCAGAUCCUCUUCAGUGCAGAUGAUCGCAUCAACAGCUGCAUCGGAGGAGUCAUCUUCUUCCACGAGACGCUGUACCAGCACUCUGAUAACGGCGUUCCCUUUGUCAAAAUGAUCAGGGACAGGGGCAUCCUGGUUGGCAUCAAGGUUGACAAAGGCGUCGUUCCUCUGGCAGGAACUUGUGGAGAAACCACCACUCAGGGUCUGGAUGGACUGUCAGAGCGCUGUGCUCAGUAUAAAAAGGAUGGAGCCGUCUUUGCGAAGUGGCGCUGUGUGCUCAAGAUCAGUGACACCAAUCCGUCUAAACUGGCCAUCACAGAAAACGCAAAUGUUCUUGCACGCUACUCCAGUAUCUGCCAGCAGCAUGGCAUCGUGCCCGUUAUAGAGCCGGAGAUCCUGCCCGAUGGCGAUCAUGACCUGAAACGCUGCCAGUACAUCACUGAGAAGGUGCUGGCUGCAGUCUACAAGGCCAUGUCCGACCACCACGUGUACCUGGAAGGCACCCUUCUCAAACCCAACAUGGUCACCGGUGGACACAGCUGCUCCACCAAGUACAGCCCAGAGGAGGUCGCUAUGGCAACCGUCACUGCCCUGCGCCGCACUGUUCCCCCAGCAGUCACAGGAGUGGCUUUUCUCUCGGGCGGUCAGAGCGAAGAGGAGGCCUCUGUCCACCUCAAUGCCAUCAACAGCUGCCCUCUGGCCAAACCCUGGAUCCUGACAUUCUCAUUCGGCCGAGCCCUGCAGGCGUCGGCGCUCAGAGCCUGGAGAGGACACAAGGAGAACGAGAAGGCCGCCACCGAGCAGUUCAUCAAGAGGGCAGAGGUGAACAGUCUGGCAUGUCAGGGGAAAUACGAUAACUACGGCGACGCCAGCCAGCGCAACUAUGGCUCCUGUCACGCGUAUUGA